UGUUCCUAGAUGUUUAUUCUCUCGACAUAUCUCGCGUUUACUGGUAGAUUGAACAAUUACCGUAGAUAAAAUCAGUCAAACAAUUUCAUACAUUACACAUGCACACAUUCAAAAACACUUAAUUGGAUAAAGUUAUUUAUAAGCAAUGUAAUGAAUGGAUGGAAAGUUCGGGCGGCUUACCAUUAUCAAUUGCAUCAUGGGAUUUUGUAAAUAAACUCACUUUCAGUUUUGAUAUCAGGAAGUUGGAGUGAAGAAUAAAACAUUGAUGUUGCUAUUUUAUCCGAUAUUGUGAGCUGGACAUAUAAACCAUUGCUUGCGACAUAAAGAGACCAUGGAUGGCACAGAUGGUGUUGAGAUACCAGAUCUUGCAGCCAGUUUACACAUAUUCUCAGAUGACCUAGCAUUGGAAUCCACUACAUGUCUAUCAGGGGAGGCCAGAGGAGAGCGGUUAAAUGGUGUGAUGGUGACUACAGAGAACAUGGGUGUGGAUGAGGAGGAGAGCCUGUUGAAAUACUCCACCACCCUCACGAAUAGGCAGCGUGGGAACGAGGUCACAGUCAGACCAGCUACUUUAGACAUUUUGUCCAUCCACCAGCUAGCUGCCCAGGGGGAGGUCUUACAGGUGGCCACACACCUGAGCAAAGACAGUUCAUUAUUAAACCGCCAGGAUGAACGGGGCUUAACUCCUCUCAUGUGGGCAGCAGCGUUUGGAGAGAAAGCCAUGGUGGAUUUCCUCCUGGAAAACGGGGCAGAUCCUAGUACGAUAGCAUGGGAACGGGAGAGUGCCUUGACCCUGGCGAGCUCAGGAGGCUAUGCAGUCAUAGUGAAACGUCUUCUUGAACAUGGAGUAGAUAUCAAUGCUUAUGACUGGAAUGGUGGUACUCCUCUCCUUUACGCUGUUAGAGGGAACCAUGUAAGGUGUGCUGAGGCCCUCUUAGAUAAAGGGGCAGACAUGAACAUUGAGGCAGAUUCUGGGUAUAGUCCAAUGGCCUUAGCUGUUGCCCUCGGACAUAAACAAGUCCAAAAGGUGUUAGAGGACCAUAUUCUGAAACUCCUGAAGAAAAAAGCAUGACACCAGCUAAGGCUACCAGGAUGUGGUUAGAGAGGACGUUGUGCUGAACAGAGGAUCACCUGCUGGCAUCAGUGGUGAGGUGGUUGACCAAAACACUGAAGCCACAAAAGGCGGUUGGUAGUGGAGAUACUUGGAACGGAAGCUCCAACGUUAAGGGACACUGUGGUUCUUAUCUUGUACAUUUAUUCAACAUGUUUUUUAUAUUAUGGAAAUGCUUAUAUUUCUUUUUUUGAGGGGGAGGGGGCAAACUAUCUUUAAAUAUAUAUUUAAAAAACUGGAGGUUUUGCACCAAUGGAUAGUAAACAAAUGUUCAAAAACAAAAUGCAUACAAAUUUUACAGUGUUGAUUUGGAAUGGGAAAUCAAAUGCACAGCACAAGUAUUUGAAUAUGCAGGUGGUUGCGUGACCUUAAAGCCUGGAGAGCUGUAAUAAAAUCCAGAUUCUUUGUCUGAGCCAAAUCCUCCCUUUUCCCUUGUUGUUUGUGUGCACAAGCAGGUAACCAACUUAAAAUGUCCUCACCAAAAGCAGUCAGAUAUGGUUCCCAUUCAAAACAAUUAAUUUGGGGUGGUAGUCUUCCAGCAGUCAUGUUCUUCAAUGGCACUAUACCCUCUCUUUCCCUAUAAGUCCCUCCCUCUCUCAUGCAGAAACAGAAACGUCACAAAGCUCUUUCCCCCAGGAUGUCCAAGGAGUAAACAAUUAUUCUGCCAAAGAAGUCGGCACUGUUCUCAAACACUAUUUGCAGCCUGUGCACCGUGGGGACCUCCUGGAUGGGAAAUCUGUGGGUGUGGAGUUAAGAACCAGAUAAGCAGAGGAGUAAUGAAAGAGAACGGCAUAGAACAAUGUUAAUUGAAAGCUGCUCUGUAGCGACUAUGCAUUAAAAUCAAUAUUUCUGUAUUGGAGUAUUUAGGUCCAGGCAUAACUUUUCUGUACUAUUACAACUUAUUUAAGCAAUUAUUAUAACUAAGACUAGUGUCCUGUCCAGGCGGUGUAGUUCUACAUCAAGCUGCCUCAUGUUUGAAUUACAAGGCCAUUCUGUCUCGAACAAGACUUACUACAACUAAUUUGAACUGGUAUGAUUUUAGAGACAUUUAAUAAUACAUUGAAGGAUAUUUGUAGUGAGCUGCUGUUUUCUGGGUAAAAAUCUUUGAUUUUAGCCAAGUCUCCAUCUUUUGGGCAUCCUGACGGGAAAGUGAAAGCCUUUUCAGGAUCAUUGACAGUCUGUCUCUUUUUUACAUAUGACGUGUUAUAGCAUAGUAUGACAAUGAAUCAUUGAAAAUAAUAAUAAUAAAUAAUUUGGUGAGUA